UCCGAUUAAAUGAAUUUCUGACCCUGUAAAUUCAGUAUGGUUAUCAUAUGACAACCCUGAGAACUCAGUAUAGUGUUCGUGUACCAGCCCUGACUGCUCAGUAUGAAUUCGAGGAUAACCCUGAUACCUCGAAUCUGGCUUCAGGGGGGGCGCUACGGGUGUACCCCCUGUUUUCUGCCCAUAGUUCCAUAAUUUUCGUGCCAGCGCACAUUUUGCCUGAUUAGACUUACUGCGAAGAAAUCCUCCCGCAUCGGCACCUCCCCCUCGAACGCACACCGCUGAAGUAGUAGAGGAGGCAUCUCGCCAUGUUGUAGCAACACCACCUCAGCGAAGCACUACGCCCCGCACUUCUUUUAAUCAAGGGUCGACCCGUAUUGGACCGCCGUCGAAGAAGCUCGAGCCCUCACGCUAUCGGCAGGCAACCCUGAGUUUCGGGCGGUCGCAAAACACUCCCGCUCCGACUCUGCACGUCGUCCCUCCUGUUGUUUCAGGACCAUCUACAGCUCCGACUUCGUCAUCGGACACCGAACUUGAAGACGUGGCCGAACGAAAGUACCAGGAGGCUCUCUGGCAAUUUAAAAAGCGGUGGAGUACUGACUUUCCUUGGCUUGUGCUUAAUCAGACCCGUGCAGGAUUCCCGGCUUUGAAGUGUAAGACUUGCAUGGAACAUGGCGGGCACGGAACGAACUACGGCAAGGGCGGAGAAGCUUCUCUGGAAGGCUCUCUUGUUGCUUACCUCGAUAGCAUCGGCAUCAGUCUCUCAAAGGUGUCGGGCAUCAGCACCGACGGUGCCGCAGUGAUGGUUGGAGCCACGAACGGGGUCGUUGGGCGCCUUCGACAGCGGAUCCCGCAUGUGGUUUCUGUCCACUGCAUAGCGCAUCGGUUCGUUCAUGCAUAGACUUCAUAUCCCGUUGAGAAAACCGUGCACUAACCACUGUUUCGUCGUGUUUCUACUCCCGUCCAUCCAGGGAAGCCCUCGCGGCCAGAGAUGCUGCCAACGCGCUGCCUGAGCUGGGAAUUGUGGAUGCCAUCAUCCGCGCGGUUGCUGAGCUGCUGGGGCGUUCACACAACUGGCACAAGAUGUUCAAGGACCUCCAAAAGAUCUUCACGGCGACAAAUCUGGAGAUGCAAGGGAUU